CCCCCCCAAGCUUCUGGCUGUCGUUGCCUCAUUUAAACUCUACUCGCCUCCCCACCCCACGCGUCUGAUCCGACAUCUGGACUUGCUCUGACUGGGACUUGGCUCCGAGAGGACUUGCUUCAUUGGCUCGCUUUCGCUCACCCUCACCUUCACGCUCACUUCACCACACUCCUUCUGCACUUCUUAAGUGAACUGUAACCCCUCAACUUCGAUCGAUCUUAUUUCAUUCUCUUCACAGCACCCUUUUCCACCCACCGCUUUGCGCCCACGAGCUUACAACCGCCAAGAUGUCCGGUCUCAUCGUGGAAGGCAUCGACCUGGAUGCGCUCAACUAUACCAUCAAGGUUCCCUACAAUGGCACUAUCAUGACUGGUGGAGACUCGCGCAAUGCCGAUCUUAACAUCUUCUACGACGCCGGUGAUAUCGCAUGGAUGAUCACGGCGACUGCUCUGGUGCUUCUCAUGAUUCCAGGUGUCGGCUUCUUCUAUUCCGGUCUUGCUCGGAGAAAGUCUGCGCUGUCCCUGAUCUGGCUCUCGAUCAUGGCCACCGCCGUCGUCUCUUUCCAAUGGUUUUUCUGGGGUUUCUCGCUCGCUUUCUCCCACACCGCCGGCAAGUUCAUUGGUGAUCUGGAAAACAUCGGGUUCCGCAAUGUGUUGGCAGCUCCUUCCGUUGGAUCUACCAAGAUUCCCGAUCUCUUGUUCGCUGUCUACCAGGGCAUGUUCGCAGCUAUCACCGUUGCACUUGCUGUUGGCGCCGUUGCUGAGAGAGGACGUAUGUUGCCCUGCGUCGUUUUCAUGUUCGUCUGGUCAACUCUGAUCUACGAUCCAAUUGCUUGCUGGACCUGGAACAGCUCGGGGUGGGUCUUCAAGAUGGGCGGCCUUGACUUUGCUGGUGGAACUCCAGUGCAUAUCUCUUCCGGAUCUGCUGCUCUUGCCUACUCCAUCAUGUUGGGCAAGCGUCGUGGACACGGUACUCACGAGCUCAACUACCGCCCCCACAACGUGACACACAUUGUUAUCGGAACUGUCUUCCUCUGGGUUGGUUGGUUCGGAUUCAACGCUGGUUCCGCUCUUGCGGCCAACAUGCGCGCUGUCAUGGCUGCUGUUGUUACCAACUUGGCUGCUUGCGUCGGAGGCAUCACCUGGUGUGUCCUCGAUUAUCGUCUUGAGCGUAAAUGGUCGACUGUUGGUUUCUGCUCAGGUGUUGUCGCAGGCCUUGUUGCCAUUACCCCAGGUUCCGGCUUCGUGCCCGCUUGGGCUGCAGUUAUCUAUGGUGUUGUCGGUGCCGCAGGUGCUAACUACGCCACCAAGCUGAAGUUCGUCCUCGGUAUCGAUGAUGCUCUUGAUAUCUUUGCCGAACAUGCCAUCGGCGGUUUCAUCGGCAACAUCCUCACAGCCUUCUUCGCCGCUGACUACAUAGCACAUCUCGAUGGCUUCUCCGAGAUUCCAGGCGGCUGGCUCAACCAUCACUGGGUCCAGCUCGGCUACCAACUCGCUGACUCCGUCUCCGGAGGUGCCUACUCCUUCGGCGGAACCUGCCUCAUCCUCUUCAUCAUGAACCUGAUCCCCGGCCUCUCCCUCCGCGCCACCGAAGAAGCCGAGAUCCUGGGUAUCGACGAUGCCGAGAUCGGCGAGUUCGCAUACGACUACGUUGAAUUGACCCGCGAAGUCUUGAACGACACCUCCGACGCCGAGAGCAAGUACUCCGGCAGCCACCCACACAACGAUCUCAACGUCCACGAGAAGAGCCACGACUCGGCGAAUGUCGGCCGCGACUUGCCCAUCGAAAGCCAUUAGCAACUAAAGCCAUUUGAAGACCGCAGCUCGUACCACCGGCUAUAGAUCUCUGUCAGGUCUAGCCAGGUUAGCUCACUGAUACCCCCAUCUGGCAGAUGAUAAUUGCUACCUUCGAAGGAAAAAAACUGCCUCUUCUCUCGACUACCAUUGGAAAAAGGAGCCGAAAAUCCUUUCUCUGCUUUGCGAGCAUGCAUGGUUUUCUCUUCAACUUCGUUUGUACAUUUUUGCAUGAGUUCAACAUAGGGGGGCUGGGUGGCGUGGCAUGGCAUGGCAUGGUGGAAAACUAAGCUGGCUGGC